AUGUUGGGAAAAAUUGCACUAGAAGAAGCAUUCGCUCUUCCUCGUUUCCAAGAACGAACAAGAUGGUGGGCGUCACUGUUCGCGGUCGACGCCGAAAAACAUGCUUUCGAAAUCACCGACCUCACCGACCAGCGCAUCAAAUAUAUGGACGAGCACGGUGUAGGAUAUACUAUCCUGUCAUACACUGCUCCCGGUGUUCAGGAUAUCUGGGAUGCGAAGGAGGCUCAUGCAUUGGCUGUUGAGAUUAAUGACUAUAUUGGUCCAUUCCUCAAGCAGCACCCUGAUCGAUUCGGCGCAUUUGCUACACUCUCUAUGCACGAUCCCCAGCAAGCUGCCGACGAGCUCCGACGAACAGUUACUCAGUAUGGCUUCAAGGGUGCCCUGGUCAACGAUACGCAACGCUCGGGUCCUGACGGCGACGAUAUGAUCUUCUAUGAUGGGCCUGAAUGGGAUAUAUUCUGGUCAACCGUCACCGAGCUUGAUGUGCCUUUUUACCUCCACCCUCGUAACCCCACAGGCACGAUUCACGAGAAGCUCUGGGCCAAGAGGAGCUGGCUUAUUGGCCCCCCUUUGAGUUUCGCUCAAGGUGUCAGCCUGCAUCUCCUCGGUAUGGUUACCAAUGGCGUUUUUGAUCGUCACCCCAACCUACAGAUUAUCAUCGGUCAUCUCGGUGAACAUUUGCCCUUUGAUCUAUGGAGAAUCAACCAUUGGUUCGAAGAUGUCAAGAAGCCUCUAGGUUUGAAAGAGACUUGCAAAAAGACCAUCAGAGACUAUUUUGCACAGAACAUCUGGAUCACUACAAGCGGUCAUUUCUCAACUCCGACAUUGCAGUAUUGUAUCAACGAAGUUGGUGCAGACCGUAUCUUGUUCUCGAUUGACUAUCCGUUUGAAAGUUUCAAGGAUGGCUGCGUUUGGUAUGAUAGAGACGUUGAACUGAACCCGAUAGAUUAUAAGAAGAUUGGAAAGGAGAAUGCUCGGAAGUUAUUCAAGAUUGGUGAUUACAAGGACGCAGACGCAUAG